UCAAGCUUUGGUUGAAAUUAUCCAAUGAAAAGUGCACCUGGGAGACUGGUAACCAUGGCCAUACACACAACUGAUAUGUUUGACUGUGACUCCAGUUAAGUGAAACAGCAGGUGACGUGUAUUCGGGACUGUUUCUGCGUGACCCAAUCCAACGCGUGGACACCAGUGUCGUGUGUGCCUGGACUGUGACCGCUAACAAAGACAGUUCUGACGGAAGGUCUGAGAUCUGAAACGUCUUCCUCGCUCUCCCCGUCGCCACCUGCACCUGCCGAGGUUUUCCAACAUGAGCUCUCUACCUCAAGGAACGCGUUAGGGGUUGGGUUACACAAGGAACCAGCAUCUUGAAGAUUACAGAGAGGAAUGUGGAAAUUCCUGGCCACCAAGAUUAGAAGGUUUCCUUGGAUCUCCAAUGUGGCUUUGUACAGCUGCGUCUUCGCGGCUGGGGACCUGGCUCAGCAGCGCCUCUCGAAAAGGGAAACACAGGACUUCAAACAAACACGAAAUGUCACCAUUCUGGCGUUAACUUUUCACGGUAAUUUCAUCUACCUGUGGAUGAAGACCAUGGAGAGUGUAUUCCCCGGGGCCACGGUGGGCACUAUCCUGCGGAAGCUGGCGUGUGACCAGCUAAUCGGGACUCCCACCGGCAUCAGUGCCUUCUACAUAGGUAUGAGUAUCCUGGAAGGGAAACAAGAUAUCUUUGCAGACUGGAAGAAAAAAUUCUGGAGCACAGAAAAGGCUGCAGUGAUAUAUUGGCCUCUGGUACAGAUAAUCAACUAUAGCCUGGUGCCAGUGUUCCUCAGAAUGGCUUAUUUUGGUUGCUGGGGUUUUGUAUGGAUCAUUUUCAUCUCUCGUUUACGCCAGAACAGAGAUAGUCCUGCAGCGCCUGAAAAUCAACUACCUAAUACAAGCGAAAAACCACAGUUUGAGAAUAGAUGGAAGAUUAUUUUUUAAAAAAUUCAAAAUAAAUAGGGUGAUAUUUUCCACCAAUGUUAAGGCCAAUCUGUUACCAUGUGUAAAAUGACAUUCUUGGGGGUAUUAAAACAUUUAGUGUUAUCUAAAAGUAGAUUACUAUUUACAACAAGUGUUUAACAGGGAAUGCAAACAGUGGUUAACCAAUUAUUCAAGCACAGAUCUAAUUAGCUUUAGUAAUGCUAGAAUUUCUGAAUAGUUAUGUAGUAUGUGUAUUUUGUAAACAAAAAACACAUGGCCACACUGGUGGUGAUAACGUUCCCUGAUGAGAAAGCAGUUAUUUGCACAAAUCACAGAAGCAAAUGUCAUUGUAAAUUAGGUUCAGGAAUAAAGCAAAAUGGCAAGAUAAGUUCUUCGAGGGAAGAUCUAUAGGUCCAAAUGUUUUACCUAGACUUGGGUAGAGCAAUGCAUAUGACUCAAGCUUUCAGUGAUCCAAGAAUGUGCAAUGGCACAAAGUUCAUGGUAAUUUUAAUUGUUUCAGCCAACAGCUGUGCUGAUCUCAUCACAUGCUAACCUGCUAGGUGCAGGGUUAUUCCAAACAUUAAGUGUGGGCACGGAAAACUCAGCAGGCGUUUCACACACAUUUUCAAAAGGUGAUGUUUCAGAAGGCUGAAAUUCUAUAUUAAUUUCUGCAAAUAUGCAAAGAACCAGAAAGAGACUCCUGAGUAUUUAUGCCAGUAACUGCCUGGAUGUUGUUAAUCAUCUUCCUACAGUAAUAAAAUCACUAAUACCAGAUGUUGGUUGCAUGAAUAUCUUUUCUCUCGAUGGUUAUGUGGCUUGCAAUGCUCAGAAAAGUAUUCUACAAUUGAAUAAAAAGUUUUCAA